AACGUUUAUAGUCGCAGAGAACAUUUGAGCGACCAAUCGGCGGGCUCCAGAAGCGUAGACUUGAGCGUUGAGACACCUCUGGCUUCCCUCCCUGCCCACUCGGUCUCCCCACAUGCUCCUCCCCUGGAUGCUGUUGUUUGUGGCGUGUUAGGCUGCCGAGGAACUACGCGAGGUGGUGGUGGGGAUAUCAACAUCUCCUUGGUUCGUGCGGAUUCCAAAGCGAGAAGGCCGAGGCGGUCGACUUGGCUUGAGCCUGUCGGGGGUGCUAGCCGGAAGCGUCUGAUACCGAAAAAGGCAAUCGGUGUUUCGGGGUGGAAGAGGAGAAGGAUUCCUUUGUGGAUUUUCCCCUCCCCCAAACAUACACGCACACCGCCUCCGCCACAGUGAGUGCGUCUGGCUCUCCUCCUCCUUUCCUUGUUGUGGUUUCGUUUCUCUCGCCAUGUCGGUGAAUAUGGAGGAGCUCCGGCAUCAGGUCAUGAUCAACCAGUUCGUGCUGGCUGCGGGCUGUGCGGCGGAUCAAGCAAAACAGCUGCUGCAGGCGGCCCACUGGCAAUUCGAGACUGCUUUGAGUGCUUUUUUUCAAGAAACCAACAUUCCCAGCACCCACCACCAUCAUCAAAUGAUGUGCACACCCAGCAAUACCCCAGCCACACCUCCUAACUUCCCAGAUGCUCUUGCUAUGUUUUCCAAGCUCCGAACUUCAGAGAAUCUCCAGAGCAGCAACAGCCCCAUCACGUCCAUGGCCUGUUCUCCUCCGGGUAGCUUUAGUCCUUUCUGGGCCUCUUCGCCUCCCAACCAUCAACCAGCCUGGAUACCUCCUUCAUCGCCCACUAGUCAUAACCUCCACCAUCAUCUCCACCAUCAGCAGCCCAUGUGGCCUCCUGUGUCUCAGCAAGGGGCCCCCCAACAGAAAGCAAUGACGGCAACGGAUGGCCAGAGAUAAGACUUAACGCUUUAGAGUGGGGGAGAAAUUAGGGGGAAUGAUGAUAUUGCAGAUCCAGGGAUGGCACUGGGGAAGGGGUGGGAGGGUAUUUUUUCCUGAAGAUCGCACUGGAAUAUUUUAUAGUUGUGAGGAUUUUUUUCCAUUUUCUUUUUUUUUUUCUUUUUUAAACUGUGGGGAUGGCAUCCCACAUUCCCUAUGGUCCUCUUUCCCCCCCUCCCCCAUCUCCUUCAGGAGAGUUAAU